UUCAUCACUUGUCCACUGAGCAUUUAAAUAAAGGUUUGGGCUGAUCGGGAAAAACUUUACUAAAAGUAACGUUUUGCUUCGAUUAUCUGAGCAAUUUGGACAUCUAAUUUUGAAUGAAAAAGCAUUUCUUUAAGCCUCUACCAAUACUAACAGUUGGAUAGAUCUGUUGGCAGGAUUCCAUUUGCUAGGGUUAUCCUUGCCAUUUUUUGUGUUUUGAUUCAAAUAGCUGCAUAAUACCGUUUCCGAAUUGAUAAUCAACACUGUUGCACAGUCUGGUGCUUUUGUACCCCCUUUAAAAUGGCUAAUUGAGGCUCUCUUUUUAUGUUCGCCUAUUUAACAAUAUCUCUAGUAGUUAAGUUUUUGUCAACAUAGGGCUUUUCAAUUAAUUUCUCGCUACGUGGGUCCAAAAACCAAUUAUCAUCCUAAAAGCUGGUAUUGUUUAAAUGUAGGUGAAGUUACCCUGCAUUGAAUAAUUUAUUGAUACCACUGGCGCUUUAUUUCUCUGUGAGUUUUCUCCGGGUCUUUACUUGUUGCUAUCAUCAUGAAAUGUACCUAAAGUUGGCGAGUGUUCUUGGGAACAAGGUUUGUUACCAAUGAACAAGUUGAAUUCUUCGAACGAGAGAAAUACACUUAAAGUGAAGAGCAGAAUAUUCGACUGCUUUGGCUACACCACUGCUCAUGGAUACGGACGAGUCGCAGCAGCCACUGGUGAAUCACGAUUGAGAAAAUGGUUCUGGUUAUUGGCUUGUGCCGCCGCAUACGGCGUGUUUACAUAUCAGCUUAUGGAUUUAGCAUCUCAGUAUUUGUCCAGACCAUUAAAAACGAGGACCAGCAUUGCACAUGAACAGAAAUUGGCCUUCCCUCAGGUUACUAUUUGUAACCUCAAUAAGAUCCGGAGGUCAAAACUACCGCAACAAAUCAUUGACGAAUUUCCAGAAAUUCUCGAUAAUGACCAUGGAGAAACCAAAACACGCAACAAAACUACCACACCAUCGCGACCUAAUCAUAAUGAUAGUCCAGCGGUUACGGAUCUCGGUGAUCUUCCUCCUUUGGAACAAGUAGUGGAAAAGACUCACCAACGACUUGCAGAGUAUCCAGAGGCCGAGCUGGAGCAGUUAGGACAUCAACUGGACGACAUGAUACUCACAUGCUGGUUCAAUGCUAUAGAGUGCCUUGAUAGUAAGCAACACUUAUGGAUCCAAUUUUGGCAUCAUAAGUAUGGUAACUGUUACACGUUCAACCGAGGCACAGACGAGCACAAUGAAAGAACGGAAAUAAUGACGUCAUCCCUUCCUGGUCAUGAAGGUGGUCUGACGUUAGAUAUCAACAUUGAGCAAUACGAAUAUAUAGACCUGUUAUCUCAAGAAGCAGGUGUUCGAGUGUUCGUUGCUUCACAGAACGACAUGCCUUUUCCUUACGAACUAGGCCACAGUGCGCCACCUGGUUAUGCCACAGCCAUUCAGCUCAGAAAGGUAGUGGUCGGGAGACUGGAUCCUUUUCACAAUCAGAGUUGUAAACCGGGUAAAGAUAUCAAUGAAGAUAAUAUAUUUCGUCGCUUUAACGUCUCGUACGGCGAUUUGACCUGCAAGUUCUCAUGUUUGGCUGUGAUGAUGAAUAACAUGUGUGGUUGUGUUAUGUAUGCACUGAAAUACUCAGAACAUCACACGAAUGUUUGCGAUGGCUCAGAGAAGGAUACAGUCGCUUGUGUUAACUCUGCAUUUGAUAAAUACGACCAAGGAGCAUGUGAGAAGGACUGUCAAGAAGGCUGCUGGGAGGACCUCUUUAAGACGACAGUGUCUCUUUCAAAAUGGCCUUCUCGGCAUUUUGAGAAUACACUUGUGAGGUCGUUAGAUGAAAAAGAUCUUAAGAAUUAUUCCACUGCGUUAAGUGACAAUUUCUUGAGGUUGAAAAUUUAUUACGGAGAACUCAACUAUGAAGUAAUGGCAGAGGAGCUUGCUUACGCACCAGCAAGAUUCUUGUCAGAUAUUGGAGGAAUCAUGGGAAUGUGGAUUGGUAUCUCUGCACUAACGUGUGUGGAAUUUCUAGAGCUGUUGGCCUCCCUGUGUUCAAUGAUCCUGAGGAAAGUCAAACAGAAAGAGACUAAUGUGAUCGAAGUACAGCCGAGUGAUAAUUAUGCAUAGGAAAUCAAAUUUAAUGCUGAAAAUUCAAACGAUAAUAUAAAUGCACUGGGACGAAAUCUAUACAAAAUAGGGCACUAUUCUCGGUUUUCAGCUGACGUCAUUAGCUUAUGCAAAUCAGAUUUCCGCCAUGUAAAGUAAAUUUUGUCUACAAAAAAAAUAAUGCAACAAUAAAACUGUUAAAAACUACUACAAUGUGGCGGCCUGCAAAUCUUAAACUACAACACUGUGGUAGCGUGCAAAUUUUAAACUACUACACUGUACCCCAAAUUUUUAAAUUCGAGGUAUGCCACUGGCUAUGACUCUAAACUACACUUCACAGUUGAAUAAAUUUUGCAAUUUAGUCCUACCCCACUAAGGAUGAACAAUGACAUAUGUGAAUACCUAUCAUGAAUGGAAAUGUGCAUAUCUUUUAAUUUUUGUUCCUUGGGUGCCUCAUUGGGUAAUAAAAGUGGUUAGUUUCCAAAUGGCAACUUAACUAAUAUGUUCUCUUAAUAACUUAUUACAACCAAAUGUACUAAUCAAGACCUGGGAUCAGUUAAAAAAAAAUUUACAGUUGUAAUUCAUAAGUGUUUCUAUUGUUUCAGAGGUUGAAAACAAUAGCUAUGUACCGCUGUAAAUUACACUUGUAAGAAUUUUAUUCAAUUGACCCCU